AUGGCGACGGGCGAGCAAUUCUUGACGAAGAACUACGAAAAGUGGAACAACUUCCAGGAUGACUCGGACUCGGACACUGAAGAUGUGCCGCGAGUGCCUACCCAGUUCGAUGUGGAAGGCGAUGCCGACAUUGUGAUCAGCACAGAGAUGCUGCUAGCGACCAAUCAGGUAGAGCGCUAUCGCAAACUGGAGAAGAAGCAGCUCGAAGUCUGGCAGGUUGUAGUGCGUCAACUCCGCGUAUGGUCGGCGUCCAGCGCUGGCGCUGACGAUGGACACGACGCCGUACCCUGUCGUCCGUACUGUAUCCUGGUGAACAACUUGUACCCGUUGGGCCAAGUGGUGUCCAAGAAGAUCUGUGACCCACCCGAGGUGUACCCAUCGCCCCAAACGGUGCUAGACUUGACGCUACAAGCCAUGCUAGAUCCCCCGACCAACACUCCGCAGCACCGUCCGGACAAGAUCGUCUUCCCAGAUAAGAACUAUGUCGGUCAGCUACGCAAGAGCUACUCGGCACUAGGAAUCGAGUGUUCGUACUUAUCCGAAUCGGACGGCAUCGACGCCUACAUCCAAGAGCUGUCCCAACACUUGAUCCGGAAGGACCUGGCGUCUGUAGCUGAAGUGAGCGAGCGUGCUGGCCUGAUGUCGGGUACUGGCGUGACGACUGACGCUCUAACAGCUUUCUACUCAGCCUGCGAGCAGUACGCGAAGCUGGAGCCAUGGGACCGUCUCGCUGAGCGUCAGGCCAUUCAAGUUGACGCGGUGGGGGACGAAGAAUUGCGCUUGGAUGCGCGACACCACGUGGGUCGAGGCACUGUCUUCUCGUCUGUCAUCAGCACACGCACAGGCAGUGGCUCGAACGGCGAAGGUGGCGACCAUAUCCGCGGUAUGGCGCUGUUUUACACACGUGCGGAUCUGGAACGCCGCGUACUGCCGCCUGGAGAGCAGUUAGCGUUGAUGGAGAACCCUGAACUACGUCGUUGUGCCAACUGCGACAAGCGAGCCGUCCCUGGAAAGGAGCUGAAGCGCUGUACACGUUGCAAAUGCACGUUCUACUGCGACGCGCCGUGUCAACGAGGCCACUGGAAGGACCACAAGGUCAGCUGCACUCCGCCUGGAAGCGCUUCGAGCGGGUCUGGAGAGCACAAGAUCGUCUGGGGAGCCAAGGAGAUGUCGAUUCUCUACGGUCCGCAGACGUCCGUGCCGUUCGACGACUUGGAUGUCAUCACGAAGCACUCGCUGCCUAUCGCUAAGGUCAAGGGCGAGGCACUGUACCCAUCUGCUGUGGUGUUCCGUAAGGGCGACCCGAGUGUUCCUGAUGUGGCGGAACUGGCGUGGCUCACACGAGCGUUGAACGCGCAGAUCGAACUUGUCAGCAACCAGCCGCUGUUCAUGCAGAACACGAUGGGAGAGCUCCUGGGUCUGGAUGAUCCUAGUAGUGAGUUGCGCAAGCUGGAGCUGAACUGCCAGACGCUUGGACAUGACGACUAUCUCGUGAUCCGCAACAGUACCGUGUUGACUAUGCAUGACGUGGAGAGACUGCGGAAGGUGGUUAAGAAGCAGCAGGCUGGUGCUACGAAGACUGGCGGUGAGACCCAAAAAGGCGGAGAAGCAACGGGUGACAACGAGGAGAGCGACGAAGACGGUGCAGACCUGCAGGAUGGAGAAAAAGGCUGCAGUGUCAUGUAA